ACCAUCAGUGUAGUUUUGGCGUGGUGUAGUGUCACACAAUAAUUAUUAUGAUGAUGAUGAGGUCAUACGGUAUAGUGGUGAUAGCGUUAUGCUUAUCGAUCGGUACAUUCGCUCAGGACAGUAGUAACAAUAAUAAUAAUUAUUAUGGAAGUGUUCGGGAAGUUUUGGGGCUCUACAACGAAUGCUCUCACUCUGACGGAUUAUCUCCUUGUUUGAAGCUGAAGGCUCUCUCGCUUAUCGAUAGAGUGAGCAGGAUGGAGAAGAUCGAUCUGAUGGAGGGCGUAGUGGUCACAGGAAAAACCGAGGAGGAUCCCCAUGCUCCCAGUUUGGAGGAAGUGGAGAAAAGCUUACCGAGAGCUGUCGAUGCCAAGAGUCAAGCACUUACCAGUUUGAUGUUCAAUAGGAUCGCCAAGAUGAUUGGAUCCAAGACCAUUUCUGUGUCUAUACCCACACUUGUUGAAGCAGCAAGAAAAAAGGGCGGCGACGACGACAAAUUCAGCGAAAUCAGCGAGUUGCUGAGCGACAAAUUCGGCGGUAGCGGAGGCAAAGGGGGCGGCAAGCACGGCAAAGGAGGCAAAAAGAAGGGCGGCGGCAUGGACAUGAAAGACUUCUUUAUGCAAAUGAUGGCCCACAAGUUGGCAAUGAUCCCACUUCUGAUCGGCGGCUUGUUCAUUUUGGCGGUGAAAGCUUUGACUCAGGCGAAGAUCGCGCUGUUGAUCGCUGGUAUUAUUUUCGGAAAGAAAUUGUUGGCCAACAAGGGCGGCAAUGGGGGUGGACACGUCGAACAUGUGCAAGCUGGAUGGAGUGCGGGUGGCGGAGCUGGAGCUGGGGGUUGGGGUGGAUCUGGUGGUUGGAGCAACGGUGGUGGCUGGGACAGACGAUCACUGGAAGACGCCCAAAACUUGGCCUACAAGGGCAGCAAACAAGCAAUGAUGAAAUCUUUCAUUGUCAUAAUUAUUGUGGUGGCGGCCUUUGGUGCCCUCCUCGGGGGCGUUUUGGCACAGGACAGUUUCGAGGCGGCAGGAUUCCGGUUUAUCCUGAAAAUUUACGACGAAUGCAGCGGCAGAUCGGACGGAUUCUCGUCAUGUCUGAAGAAAAAAGCGAUCACGGUCCUGGAUAGGGUGGCGCGCAUGGACAAACUACCCUUGAUGGACGGCGUUGCUUUGGUCAAAGGGCCGAAUGGGGUCGAACCUGCGGUUUCCGAAAACGAAAUCGAGAAUCUGCCCAGGGAUAUUGAAAGUCAAGAUGACGCCUUGAAUAAUAUGCUCGCUGACAGGGUGAAUAAUCUGCUCGGGUCCAGAACCAUUGAGAUUUCUAUGCCCCAGGUGUCAGAAUUACUUGAAGAAGGUCGCGGCAAAGGCGGAGGAGGCGGCGGCGGCGGCAAAGGGGGUGGCAAAGGAGGCAUGAACAUGAUGGGCGGCCUAAUGAUGGCGGUGGCGGCCAAACUGGCCGCCCUCAUCCCCUUAGCCAUCGCCGGGUUGUUCCUGUUAGCCGGAAAAGCGCUUAUUACUGCUAAGAUUGCGCUGCUGAUCUCCGGUAUUAUAGCGUUAAAGAAAUUGUUUGCCGCCAAGCAUAGCGGACAUGGAGGCGGCUGGCAUAGUGGCGGCGGAGGCGGUUGGCAGUCCUCCGGGGGCGGCUGGGAUAAGAGAUCUAUAGACGAGGCUCAACGAUUAGCUUAUAAGUCUCAUUAUAAGCAGGUGUAAAUUGAAAGAUCAAGCAAGAGUGUAAGAAGUGCCGCCACUAUUACCAUCUUUUAUCUUUAACCAGAAGAGGAUCAAAUUUUUUGUUAUUUAUUUAUUUUAAUAAUUAUUUAUUGUAUGAGUACAACUUAGUUUUUAAGUAACUUGUUUUCUCUCUCUCUAUAUCUAUUGUUAUUUAAGAGAAGUAGGCCAUUCCUAGGCCACUUUAAUAAUGACGUACCAGACAGACCUACAAGCAUGUAUUUAACAGUGUUUUUAUUGUAUCUAGUCAAUUUUAUUUAAUUUUUAUGACUUUUGGAAUGGCUUAGGCUCAAUGGACAACCACGACAGGAACGCACAGACUUUUUAGACUGACCACAAAAGAAACAAAAUAAAUUACAAAUACUCACUAAUACUUUGGCCAAUUUUAAUUGGACGCCUAGACCUGACAGUAUUGCUUUCACUUUUUCAAUAAAAAAAAUUGAUUGUUCAA